GCUCCUCCUGCACGAGACCGUUACGGUACCCGGACCGAUCGGACUGAUCGAUCCUGGAGGAGCAUGGGAUGAAAUCCUGAGCGGGAAGCCGGGAAACCAUGGUAACGGAUUUUGGCAUGAAGCGGAGUGAGUGACGCACCGACAGAUCACCGUUUACCACAGGUCUGCAGCUCCCUGGUGAAUCAUGUCUUCCUCCUCCUCCUCCUCCUCGGAGAUGCCCUACUUUUGUCCUCGCUGUGGUGACAAGUUUCGUUUCUCGUCUGUACCUGAGCUCCGGGCUCACCUGGUCAGCCGACACACCUAUGAGACCCUGCUGGUGCUGUCACAGGCUCGGGUUAGAAGCUCCAGACCGGGUGCUCUCCUCCCACUCCCCGGCCCUGCUGUAUCCCAGACACAGAGCUCCUCUCUGGGCAUGGAGCCCCACAGCCUCCCCCUGCAGCUGGCCUGCCUGGAUCUCGCCUCCUCGUCUGCCUCCGUCCGGCUCCUCAGGGAAAUGUUUGGCUCUUCGGAUCGCACUCUUCGCACCUCCACAGGACAUCCACAGGACCCCUCCACCGCUCUGGCCCUCCCUGGCUCCCUGGAGCCUUUUCCUGGGGGGAAACUUGGCGAGGCGGCGGGGGUCCUGGAGUUCGGGCUGUCGGUGGGGAUCGGGCUGGAGGAGCGACUGGGGCUCGGGCUGGAUCGUAAGAUCGCCCGGACGUUCGCAGAGGUGGAGGAGAGGGUGAACCGCCGUGUGGGCCGGCUGAGGGUGGAGCUACAGAGGAGGGAGGCGGAGCUAGAGCGGGAGAGGUGGGAGGGGGAACGACUGAGAAGUGAGAAACAGGAGGUGGAGGAGAGGGCGGCGUACCUGUCCAGACAGGUCUCAGCUGCCAUGGAGAUGAUGGAGAGAUUAAAGAAAGAUCUGCAUGGAAAAGAGAAGGAGCUGAAUGAACGACAACAGGAGAUGGUGGACAUUGAGCUUUUUCUGAGAGAUACGGCAGAAAAAGAAGCAGAGGCCAAAACCAGACUGCAGGUGUUUAUCGAGACGUUGUUGGAACGAGCCGACCGAGCGGAGAGACAGUUACUGCAGCUCAGCUCGCACACACAUCACAACCACUACACACACCACAACGACAAAUACGCACACAUGGACAUAUACGCUGACCCGUACACACUCACACAGGUAUACACACCUGUACCUGGCCGAGGAGGACGCAGUCUGGAUGGCAGCACCAACGACAUCAUUGCAAACAGGAUGCAGGGAACCAUCGGCAACCGAAGAAGUUACAGUGUUUCAGGCUCCUGUCGACUCGGAGAGCAGCUGUACAGCCACCAUCACUACAGCGGUCUGACUGGACGUAUGAGGACCUUGUCUCUGGGCUCAGGGGGGUGGGACUGUGAGGGGGCGUUGGUCCAUCUCCAGGAAGGCUGGGGGAGAACGUGGAGCAAAAGAAACUGUCGUCACCACAGCACCGAGGAAGAGGAGGAUGAAGAAGAGGUGGAAGAGGAUGAAGAGGAGGGAUGCUGGAGCAGCGCUGAGAUGAGGAGGUUUGUCUUCGCCAGGACGCACACACCUGGAUCAGACGUCCCCUCCUCCCCCCGCUCCACCCCCUCCCGUCGUCACGGAAACAGACAGCUGGGGCCGGACACCCUGAGGCUGAGGGCGGGGCUUUUCUGCGUCUUCCCGUACUUGGACGUGCGCUCGUUGCUGCGCGCGGCUGAGGUGUGCUCUGAUUGGCGGUUCGUCGCCAGGCACCCGGCAGUGUGGACACGACUCCGGCUGGAGAACGCCAGAGUGUCGACAGAGUUCCUGACCACCCUGUCUCAGUGGUGCACUCAGACUCAGACCGUCGUCCUCAACAACCUGAAGCCGCGGAGCCGACGAGCCAAUGAGACACGAGAGGAUUACCACAAGAACACGAGGGGCAGCGUGGAGCCGGGGGUGGAGGCUCUGCUGCGGUCAGCAGGGGGCAGUCUGCUACACCUGUCUGUGUCUCAGUGUCCUCACAUCCUCACCGACAGGACGCUGUGGUUGGCCAGCUGCUACUGCAGAAACCUGCAGAUGCUCACGUACAGGAGUUCAUCGGACCCUCUUGGUCAGGAGGUUCUCUGGGCCCUGGGCGCCGGCUGCAGGAACAUCAGCAGCCUGCAGGUGGCGCCAGCUCACCCCUGCCAACAACCAACUCGUUUCGGAAACCGCUGCCUGCAGACGAUUGGUCGAUGCUGGCCACACCUCCGCUCACUCAGUGUGGGCGGGGCCGGCUGUGGGACUCAGGGAUUGGUUGCUGUUGUGCGUACCUGUGCCCACCUCCAGGUGCUAGAGCUGGAGCGCAUCACUGACCUCGGCCUGCAGGUGGCGACAGAGCUGUGUAAAGCCGGACUGAAGAGUCUGGAGACGCUGAUCCUGACACACACACCUGUCAGCGGUCAGGCCAUCCUGCACUUCCACAGUGUGUGUAACAACAUCAGGUCUAUCGUGGUCGAGGUCUCGGUGUCAGAUUACUUUGAAGAGCCAGACUCUCAGGAAGCUCAACAUCUGUUUGGAGAAAUUCUCAGCACACUAAAGGUUCUUCAGAAGCGACCCGGACUGUGCGACGUCCUGCAGGUUAGAGCUGAAGGAUUCUGUUGACCUCAACACACAAACACACAACUAUACAUCUAUACUCGUGAGGACCCCUAAACCUAAUCUUAAGUCUUAACCUGUGUAUUUUAGUGUUUUGUUGUUCGAACAAAACAACAUUUGAAGACAUUGCGUUGGACUUUUGGAUAAUUCAGUGAUUAGUCAUGUUAAUCAGAAAAUGACAUAACUGGUGGUUGGACAGACUCCAAGUCCUCAAACAGCCCUUUGAAUAUAUGACAUUUGGCCAAAAUGUCUUUGGUUUCCAAGGACUACAACUUAGAUUUGUCCUGACAAAGAGAAGAUGUACAGGAACACACAUACAAAAAGCUGGAAUACACAGUAGGGCUGCAACUAAUGACUAUUUUCAUUAGCAGUUUUCUCUGUGAAUCUUUUGAUCUGUAAAAAUGCUCAUCACAGUUUCUGAAAGCUCAAACUGACAUAUUAAGUCUUUUGUCCGAAUGCAACUCCAAAACCCAAAGAAAGAAACAAUAUUCACAUUUGAGAAGGUGGAACCAGUGGAUUUGUUUUGGCAUUUUUGAGUAAAAUGAUGAAA